UUUUAUCCACGUUCAUAUGUGUUUCGUUCUGUACUUGCCUAUUUGAUUUGAAUCUAAACUCAGUGACGUUGAUCAACCGCGUUCAGGAUUUCUCCGAUUUGCAAAACCCGAAUAUUUUUGGUAAAAUGGGUGUAAAGAAUUUUACUGUGGAAAAUGGCGUUUACAAAGGAGAAGAGAUGCAUCAGUCGACUAAGUAUAAGAGCCUUGGAGAAUUAAUGUGGGUUAGCAUUACAAGUCAUGAGGAUAAAAUUGCACAUUUGGACGCACGUACUGAUGAAACGUUUACAUACACGGAAUUGCAAGAUAAAGCUGUGAGAUGCGCUUUAUGGUUACAAAAGCAAGGAAUCAAAUGUGGCGACGUUAUCAGUGUGUGUACGAGUAAUCAACCCAACUCUAUAGUACCUUGUAUUGCAGCGGCAUAUGUCAACGCAAUCUUUAAUCCAUGGAACGAAGAUAUGGAUUUACCAACUGCAUUACACGUUUUGCAACUGACUACGCCGAAGGUAAUCUUCUGCAGCGAGAAAUCUGUGAGUGUCAUUUUGAACGCGAUGAAAGAAAAAAAUUACAAUCCUAUGGUGGUGGUUUUCGGCAAUCAUGAUAGCGCGAUUUCGUUAUCCGAUAUCUUGAGGAAUUGUAACAAUGCGGAAGCUGCAAAUUUCCGCUAUGUUGAGCUUGACGAUGUCAAGAAAACGGCAUGCAUCAUGCAUUCAUCGGGCACGACGGGAAUGCCGAAGGGCGUUGAAUUGUCUAAUCACACUAUGAUACUCAUGAAGGACAACAGUACCCUAGAUAUGACGAAUGUACCAACACUUUGGUUCUCAUCUCUUUAUUGGAUCAGCGGAGUAUUGCUGAAUGUGAAAGCAAUUUCGCAGGGUGCCACAGUGAUCCUUUAUUCACAAUUCGAUGAGGACAUGACUUGCCAAUUAAUUGAAAAAUAUAAAGUAGCAGUUUUAUUUCUUAGCUCGAGUAUGAUAAAUCGAUUUGUCAGAGCAGGUUACGUAAAGAAUUAUUCAUUACUAUCUUUAAAAGUUAUACUAGGUGGUGGUGCAAUAAUUAAGCCAAAAGUGCAGAAAGAACUAAGACAUUAUUUACCACACGUUCAGAUAUUGCAAGGUUAUGGAAUGACAGAAGUCGGUGGUCUUGUAACAUGUCAAUUACCGAAUCACAAAGACGGAUCUUGUGGGGUAGUAGCUAAGAAUGUGCAAAUAAAAAUUGUGACUCCUGAAAGCGGGAAAGUACUUGAUCCAAAUCAAUCGGGAGAAAUAUGGAUAAAAUCUGCAACCAUGAUGAACGGUUAUUAUAGGAACCCUGAGGCGACAAAAAGUACAAUUGAUGAAGAAGGAUGGCUGCAUACAGGUGAUAUCGGUUAUAUUGAUGAAGAUGGAGAAUUGUUUAUUAUUGAUAGGAUAAAGGAACUCAUAAAGUACAGAGGAUAUCAAAUCUCACCUGGAGAAAUCGAGGGUGUCUUAAUAUCACAUCCAGCAGUGCUAGAAGCUGCAGUAAUAUCGAUACCUCAUGCAACAGAUGACGAACAUCCUCUCGCAUAUAUUACCAAAAAGCCCGGCGCCAAGUUGGACGCACGCACUGAAGAGACAGUCACAUACGCGGAGUUGCAAGAUAAAGUUGUGAAAUGCGCUUUGUGGUUACAAAAACAAGGAAUCAAAUCUGACGAUAUCAUUAGUGUGUGUACGGGUAAUCAUUGCAACUCCAUCGUGCCCUGUCUUUCAGCAGUUUAUAUCAACGUGAUUUUCAAUCCGUGGGACGAGAACAUGAAUCUAAAAACUGCGCUGUACGUUUUGCGAAUGAUCAUGCCGAAGGUGAUCUUCUGCAGCGAGAAAUCAGUGGAUGUUAUCUUAAGCGCGAUAAAGGAGCAGAAUUGCAAUCCCACGAUAGUAGUUUUUGGCAAGCAUGUUGACGCGAUUUCGUUCUCCGAUAUUCUGAGUAAUUGCAGCAAUGUGGAAGUAGCAAAUUUCCAUUACAUCGACCAAGUUGACAUCACGAAGACAGCAUGUAUUUUACAUUCGUCAGGCACUUCAGGGAUGCCAAAAGGCGUUGAAUUGUCCAAUUAUGCUCUAUUACAUGUCAGUCAGAAUGAAACUAUUAACACGACUAACGCGGUAUUUCUUUGGUUUUCUUCUCUUUAUUGGAUCAGUGGGAUAGUCCUGAAUUUGAUUACGAUCGUGCAAGGUGGCAAAGUGAUCGUCUACCCUGAAUUUAACGAGGAAAUGACUUGUCGACUGAUCGAGAAAUACCAAAUAGAAAUUAUUUUUUUAAGCACAAGUUUACUGAGUCGGUUUCUCAAAGCGAGUUGUAUAAAGAAAUAUUCUUUAUCAUCUCUGAAAGUUAUACUGUACGGAGGUGCAAUUAUGAAUAAAAAAGUGCAGGAAGAUCUGAAAUAUAUUUUACCACACAUCCAAAUAUUGCAAGGUUACGGAAUGACAGAAACCGGUGGUCCUAUAACAUCGCCGCAAUCACAUAAUAAGAAUGGAUCUAAUGGAGUCGUAGCCAAGAAUGUGCAAAUAAAAAUCGUGGACCCCGAAAGUGGGGUCAAAAUACUUGAAUCAAAUCAAUCAGGAGAAAUAUGGAUAAAAUCUACAACCAUGAUGACUGGUUAUUAUAAAAAUCCUGAAGCGACAAGAAGUGCGAUUGAUGAAGAGGACGCCCGCACUGAAGAAACGGUCACAUACGCAGAGUUACAAAAUAAAGUUGUAAGAUGCGCCUUGUGGUUACAAAAAAAAGGAAUCAAAUCUGGCGAUGUUAUCAGUAUGUGCACAGGCAAUCAUCUUAAUUCUAUCGUGCCCUGCCUUUCGGCAACUUAUAUCAAUGCGAUUUUCAAUCCAUGGAAUGAAAACAUGGACUUGCAAACUGCAUUGUACUUUUUGCAACUGAUGAUGCCAAAGAUGAUCUUCUGUAGCGAGAAAUCUGUAAAUAUCAUUUUGAGCGCGAUAAAGAAGCAGAAUUGCAAUGUUACGGUAGUGGUUUUUGGUAAGCAUGUCGACGCAGUUUCAUUCUACGAUAUCCUAAAAAAUUGCAACGAUGUGGAAGUGACUAAUUUCCGUUAUAUCGAGCUCGAUAACAUUAAAAAAACAGUGUGCAUUAUGCAUUCUUCGGGCACUACUGGGAUGCCAAAGGGUGUCGAACUGUCUAACUACGCUAUGUUAUUUAUCAGCCUCCAAUAUGAAUUAAAUUUGACCAAUGUGCCAUCACUUUGGUUCUCUACUAUUUAUUGGAUUACUGGGAUACUAAUGAGUUUCAGCGGAAUCAUACAAAACACCAAAGCAAUUAUCUAUCCAGAAUUUGACGAGGAGAUGACUUGCCGAUUAAUACAGAAAUACAAAAUAGAUACUGUGUUCCUUAGUACAAACAUGAUGGCUCGUUUACACCAAUCAGGUUACAUACAGAAAUAUCCAUUACCAUCUUUGAAAACUGUAGUGUUUGGUGGUGCACCAAUUAGGUCAAAAGUGCAAAAAGAACUGAGACAUCUUUUGCCACAUGUUCAAAUAUUGCAAUGUUACGGAAUGACGGAAUUGGGUAGUUUUAUAACAAUUCAACUACCAAAUCACAAAAAUGGAUCUUGCGGGGCAAUAGUUAAGAAUGGGCAAAUUAAAGUUGUAGAUCCAGAAACCGGCAAAGUACUUAAUCCGAACCAGUCAGGAGAAAUAUGGCUGAAACUACCAUCUAUAAUGACUGGUUAUUACAAAAAUUCCGAGGCAACAAAAAAUACAAUUGAUAAGGAUGAAGUUAUAAAAUGCGGUGGUUCAUUACUUAAAACAACAGUGCAGGAAGAUCUAAGGCAUGUUUUACCGCAUGUUCAAAUAUUGCAAUGUUACGGAAUGACAGAAGCCGGUGGUAUUGUAACGAUGCAGCAGCCACAUAAUAAAAAUGGAUCUUGCGGAGUCCUAGUCGAGAAUGUGCAAAUGAAAAUCGUUGAUCCAGAAAGUGGGAAAGUACUUGGUCCGAAUCAAUCAGGAGAAAUAUGGAUGAAAGUUCCAAGCUUAAUGAAUGGUUAUUAUAGAAAUCCCGAGGCAACAAAGAAUAUCAUUGAUAAUGAAGGAUGGCUGCAUUCAGGUGAUAUCGGUUAUAUAGACGGUGAUGGAGAAUUAUUCAUUAUCGAUAGAAUAAAGGAACUCAUAAAGUAUAGAGGCUAUCAGAUCUCUCCCGGAGAAAUCGAAAAUAUAUUACUAUUACAUCCAGCAGUAUUAGAAGCUGCAAUAAUAGGAGUCCCUCAUACAUUAGACGAUGAGCACCCUCUUGCUUAUAUCACCAAGAAGCCUGGCGUCAAGGUGACAGAACAGGAAUUGAUUGACUUUGUGGCGAAGAACAUGGAAGAUCGAUGCAAACUACGUGGUGGUGUUAUAUUUUUGGACAGUUUUCCAUAUACCGGUUCAGGGAAGAUUUCGAAAAAAGAUUUGAAAGCAAUGACAAGGAAAUUGGUACCGCAAAAUAAAUGAUAAACUAACUAAGACA